UCUUCACUUUCUCUUCUUCAUCUUUCAUAAACAAACCAACAAGAUGGGAUCUUGUGUUAGUCUUGCCAUGGAAAAUGGAAGCCCUUAUCAUGGGAAGGAUUCGAGUGAUUAUGAGAAAAAUGGAAGCAAUGAAUCGAACGGUUCGAGUUCGUCGGCGUCGGUUCAUCCAAGUCCAAGAACGGAGGAUGAGAUUUUGCAGUCUUCAAAUCUGAAGAGGUUUUGCUUUAAUGAGCUGAAAAAGGCCACUGGGAAUUUCCGUCAAAGGAGCAUGGUGGGAGAGGGAGGUUUUGGGAGUGUGUUUAAAGGCUGGAUCGAUGACCACUCACUCACCGCCACCAAGUCCGGCACUGGCAUAGCUAUUGCUGUCAAAAGACACAAUCAAGAUGGCAUGCAAGGCCACAGUGAAUGGUUGGCGGAAAUCAACUAUUUGGGACAAUUGCAUCAUCCAAAUCUUGUGAAGCUUGUCGGAUAUUGCUUGGAGAAUGACGACCAGCUUCUUGCUUAUGAGUUCAUGUCGCGUGGCAGCUUGGACAAUCAUCUUUUUGGGAGAGGAUCUUGGUCUCAACCUCUUUCAUGGAAGCUACGUAUGAAAAUUGCUCUUGAUGCUGCUAGGGGUUUGGCAUAUUUGCAUAGCAAAAAAGUCAUCCAUCGUGACUUCAAAUCCUCAAACAUCUUGCUUGAUGCGAACUACGACGCGAAAAUCUCAGACUUUGGAUUAGCCAAGGACGGACCAAUAGGCAACCAAAGCCACGUUUCGACACGAUGCAUGGGUACCUAUGGCUAUGCAGCGCCAGAAUACAUGUCUACGGGUCAUUUGAUGCCGAAGAGCGACGUAUAUAGUUUUGGAGCGGUUCUACUUGAGAUUUUAUGCGGUAGAGGAGCGUUGGACUCGACGAAGCCUCCGAAAGAACAAAACUUGGUAGAUUGGGCAAGGCCUUGUGUUAACCACAGACGAGUAUCGAGGAUUAUGGAUGGUAGAAUAGAGGGGCAGUGUGAGGUAAAGAAGGCACUUAGAGUAGCUAAGCUUGCGUUUAAAUGCCUGUCGGAAGACCCCAAACACAGGCCUUCGAUGUAUGAAGUAGUGACGGAUUUGGAGGAACUUCAGGACUUGGAAUGAGCGAUGGAGGUGGCAAAGGAGUAGGAUCAUCGUUCACCAUCAUGAAAAUGCAGAAACAUUAUCAUUAUUCUCUGCAUUUUUUGGUUUUUGUUUAGUUUGUUUGGUUCAACAUGUGAAAUAUUGCAUGUAAAUCUGGAUGAAAUGUGUUUUAGAGCAUGCAGUUUAUUCCAUUUAUGGAUAUCUGCUUCCUUUUUUCCAUGCUA